UAAUAAUGUUGGAAUUAAUAUUAAUACAGAAAAUGUAACUAGAAUUUCUUUCUCUGAAAACAAUCCUGUUACUCAAGAAGACUCUUGGAUUAAUUUGGCUGCAAAAAUGUAUAGUUAUCCCGAUGUAUCAAGAAAACGUACGUUAGAAAUAUUAACAGAUGUUCGUGAUUUAAUUAAAAAUAUUUUCUCUGAAUCAAUCAAUGACAUUGACACUAUAAAAAAUGAAAACAAUAAUUUUAUGGAUUUGAAAACUAAAAUUGAUGUUGUAGACCAAGUUAAAAAUAAACUACAAGUUCGUUCAUGUUUAUUUGAUAAUUUUAAAACGGAAUACAGCUUUUUUGAUAAAUUUCGAGCAUCUCAAAAUUUUGUUGAGCCUAUAUCAUACCUCUUGGGAGAAAGACGUGAUUAUCGUGUUAAACAUCAAACAACCAAGAUGAAUAUGAUCCCAGUAACUGCUCAAUUUAUUCCACUGCGAUUAGUAUUUAAAAAAUUUUUUGAAUUACCAUUUAUUUUUAAUGAAACAAUUGAUUAUAUAAAAUCAUUAAAAAAAAGUAAUGAUAUAAUUUCUAAUUUCAUCCAAGGAGAACUGUGGCAAUCUCUGAGUUUGAAUGAUGGAAACAAAAUUGUAUUCCCUAUUUUUUUAUAUUUCGAUGAUUACGAGAACAAUAAUCCGUUGGGCAGCCAUCGAGGCAUAUCAAAAUGUGGUGCAGUAUACGUUUCUAUACCAUGUUUACCUCCACGAUUUCAAUCAAAACUUAAUAAUAUUUUUCUGUUUAUAUUGUUUAAUACUUUGGACCGUAAUUACUUUAAAAAUCCUAUUAUUUUUUCAAAAGUUAAAGAUGAAUUAUGUUUUUUAGAGGAAAAUGGAAUUGUUAUUGAUUUACCAACUGGCCAACAUAAAUUAUAUUUUCGUUUAGCAUUAGUUCUGGGAGAUAAUUUGGGAAUGCAUUCAUUACUAGGUUUUACUGAAAGCUUUAAUCAAAUUAAAUUUUGUCGUUUUUGCUUAAUAGAUAAAGACGAUAGAAAUAAUAUUUUUUCUGAAGAUCAAUGUACGAUACGUAAUGAAGUAAAUUAUGAAAAUCACUUAAAUUUAAACGAUGCAAAGCAAACGGGAAUCGUUAACCGAUGUGUUUUACAAGGUGUUGGAAAUUUCCAUCCAAUUACAAAUGCUUAUGCUGAUGUUCUUCAUGACAUUUUAGAGGGCAUUUGCCGUUAUGAUUUAGGCCUAAUUAUUAAUUAUUAUAUUGAAAAUGAUUUUUUCAAACUACAUGAAUUGAAUGAUCUCAUCAAAGGUUUUUAUUAUGGGCCAAAUAGAAACAAGCCAGCUGAAAUUUUACAGUCUCAAAUAGAUAAAAAAAAAAUUAUUAUGUCAGCCUCUGAAAUGCUUACUUUAGUUAUACAUUUACCUAUUAUAAUUGGCCAUUUAAUUCCAUCUGAUAAUGAAGUGUGGCAAUUGAUAUUAUCAAUGAGUUCAAUAACUAAGUUAUCAACGAGUUAUGAAUUAGAAAAAAAUGCCUAUAAUGUAUUACGUGUAGAAAUAAGUGAAUAUUUACAGUUGUUAUCAGAAUAUUUUCCAGAUUCCAUGAAAUGUAAACAUCAUUUUUUAAUUCAUCAUCCACGAGUGUUACAACUCUGUGGAUCUCUUUGGAAAAUUUCAACUAUGCGUUAUGAAGCUAAACAUCGUGAGGCAAAAAUAACUUCAAGAACUGCUAUCAGUCGUGUUAAUAUUUGUAAAACAAUUGCAAUCAAACAUCAGUUACAACUUAAUUAUCGCUUUUUAUUGAAUGAUACUUCACUAGAAUUUAAUUAUGAUAAAAACUCGAUAAAAGAUUUCAAUGUUAAUGACUUAGAAGCAGCUUUUGAACUUAAAAAAAUUUUGCCUCAAUCAAUAUUGAAUAAAAAUAUUUACAGUCUAAAAAAAUUAGAUAACCAAGGUUCUUCAAUAACAAUUGGCUGUGUUAUUAUGAUAGCAAGUGAGGAUGGCCCUAAUUUUUAUAUUAUAAACAAUAUUUUAAUGGAAACAUCCACACAAUAUUAUUUUAUAACAAAAAAAUUAUUAGCUGUAUUUUUAGAUGAACACACCGGGCACUAUGAAGCCUGGUUUAAUGCACUUUUGGCUAUAAACGCAGCAAAUAAUGACUCAACAUUGCUUACAAGUUUAAUUUAA